GGGGGCGGAGUCUGGACUCUCACCUGUGAACCUUUUUGAGACUCAGAUUUGGUUUUUCAGGCCGUGGAAUCGAGUCAUCAGGAGAGCUGUGGACCGAUCCAACAAACUAUGAAGGUAGAAGGUGUGUGUGAGCUGAUGUGAAUCCAGCAGCAUGGAUCAGUGUGAGGACAGAGAGGAGGGAGUCCUUCCCUCCAAAACCUCCCCCAGGGGAAAAAAAAGAGUUGGAGAGAGUCGGAGAGAAGAAAAGAGGAGACGACCUGGACCUGGACCUGGACCUGGACCUGAACCUGGACCUGGACCUGGACCUGAAUCCAGCUGUGUGUCCUUGAAGAGUGACAGAUCAAAGGAUUUCUUUUGGGAGUUUAAAGAUACCCAAUGUCCUCCCUCAGUGAGGUUUCAUCAAGAAAAAGACUCUCAUGGACCUGAACCUGAACCUGAACCUGAACCUGGACCUGGACCUGGACAUGGACCUGAACCUGGACCUGAACCCAGCUGUGUGUCCUUGAAGAGUGAUGCAUCAAAGGAUUUAUUUAUCGCUUUAAAAGAUGCUCCUGGUUUUCCUUCAGAGAGAGUGGACCAGCAGAUCUCAGAGUCCCCCAGUGGUCCGUCUGUCCAGCAUCAUCAGACCCAGCUGGACUCCGUCUUUCAGCCGGUGGGGGACGACAUCGUUAUGUUUGUGAAGGACGAGCUGAAGAAGAUCCAGAAGGUUCUGAGUCCAGAUUACCCAGAAUCCUCAGAGAGUCUGGAGGAGGAUGAAGAUGAAGAGCAGAAAAGCAUCAGAGAGGCAUUCAUGAAGAUCACAGUGAAGUUCUUGAGGAGGAGGAAGCAGGAGAAGCUGGCCGACCUCCUGCAGAGCAAUACCGUCACUGCCGUUUGCCCAUGCAAAGUUAAAUUUCAUCUGCAGAAGAAGUACCAGCAUGUGUCUGAGGGGAUCAUUAAAGCAGGAAAGAAAACCCUUCUGGAGCAGUUCUACACGGAGCUCUACAUCACAGAGGGAGGGACCGGAGAGGUCAACGAAGAACAUGAAGUCAGACAGGUUGAAGCAGCUUUCAGGAAACCAGACGGAGCAGAAACAGCCAUCAAACAGAAAGACAUCUUUAAACCCCCACCUGGAAGAGGAGGACCAAUCAGAACGGUGAUGACGAAGGGAGUGGCCGGAAUCGGGAAAACAGUCCUAACACAGAAGUUCACUCUGGAAUGGGCUGAAGGCAAAGCCAACCAGGACAUCCACUUACUGCUUCCAUUCACCUUCAGACAGCUGAAUCUGCUGAGAGAGAAGAAGUUCAGCUUGGUGGAACUAGUUCAUGCAUUCUUCUCUGAAACCAAAGGAAUCUGCAGCUUUGAAGAGUUCCAGGUCGCGUUCAUCUUCGACGGUCUGGAUGAGUAUCGACCUCCUCUGGACUUCCACAACUCUACAAUCGUCAGUGACCCCAGAAUGUCCACCUCAGUGGACGUGCUGCUGACAAACCUCAUCAGGGGGAACCUGCUUCCUUCUGCUCGUCUCUGGAUCACCACACGACCCGCAGCAGCCAAUCAGAUCCCUCCUGAGUAUGACUAUGUUGACAUGGUGACGGAGGUCAGAGGGUUCAGUGAACCACAGAAGGAGGAAUACUUCAGGAAAAGGUUCAGAGAAGAGGAGCAGACCAACAGGAUCAUCUCCCACAUCAAGACAUCACGGAGCCUCCACAUCAUGUGUCACAUCCCAGUCUUCUGCUGGAUCACUGCUACGGUCCUGGAGAACGUCCUGGAGAACGUCCUGGAAACCAGAGAGGGAGGGGAACUGCCAAAGACCCUGACUGAGAUGUACAUCCACUUCCUGGUGGUCCAGACCAAAGUAAAGGUGGUCAAGUAUGAUGGGGGGUGUGGGAUGGAUCCACACUGGAGUCCAGAGAGCAUGAAGAUGGUGGAGUCUCUGGGAAAACUGGCUUUUGAGCAGCUGCAGAAAGGAAACCUGAUCUUCUAUGAACCAGACCUGAGAGAGUGUGGCAUCGAUUUCAAAGAGGCUUCAGGGUACUCAGGAGUCUUCAAGCAGAUCUUUAUCGAGGAAAGAGGUCUGUACAAGGACAAAGUCUUCUGCUUCGUCCAUCUGAGUGUCCAGGAGUUUCUAGCUGCUCUUCAUGUCCAUCAGACCUUCAUCAGCUCUGGAGUCAACCUGCUAAGGGAACCAGAAGACAUCUGGUGGUUAAACACAAGAGCUUACUUCUAUCAGACAGCUGUGGACAAGGCCUUACAGAGUCCAAACGGACAUCUGGACUUGUUCCUGCGCUUCCUCCUGGGUCUAUCAGUCGAGACCAAUCAGAACCUCCUACGAGGUCUGAUGACAUCAAACCAUGAAAGUUCACAGAACAAUCAGGAAACUAUUGAAUACAUCAAUGAGAAGAUCGAUGAGAACUGGUUGGCAGAGAGAAGCAUUAACCUGUUCCACUGUCUGAAUGAACUGAACGAUGGGUCUCUGGAGGAGAUCCAAUGGUACCUGAGGUCUGGACGUAUCUCCCCAGAUAAACUGCCUCCUGCUGAGUUGUCGAAUCUGGUCUUGUUCUUACUGUCAUCAGAAGAUCUGGAGGUGUUUGACCUGAAGAACUUCUCAGCUUCAGAGGAGUCUUUACGGAGGCUGCUGCCGGUGGUCCAAGCCUCCAAGAAAGUUCUACUGAAUGGCUGUAACCUCUCAGAGGACAUCUGUCCAGUGCUGUCCUCAGUUCUCAGCUCUCAGUCCUCCAGUCUGACAGAACUGGACCUGAGCAACAACGACCUGCAGGAUUCUGGACUGGAGAAGCUGUGUCCUGGACUGGAGAGUCCACACUGUCACCUGGAGUCUCUCAGCAGCAUCCCCUGUGUUUCCGACCCGUUGCCACGGCAGCGCUCGCUUGAGCCGCUCCUCUGUCCUCGCUGCGUCCUUCCCGGGUAUCUCCGCUGCAAGUCCCCGCCUGCCUCUAGCGGCCAGUCGAGGAACUGCAGCGAUUCGGAGUUCCUCAUGAGACCCAUCCCAGAAAACGUGAAGAAUCAUCCAGAGAUGCUGGAGGAGGAACCAGGGAUUCUUCAUCCCACAUCCUCACACCUUGGAGGUGGGAACCUCCGUCUGUACAGCUGUGUGUCCGCAUAUCCGUCCGUCCAGUACUGA